CUCUCUCUAAUUUCUCUCUCUUCAAAUCCUACCAUAAAUCACACACACAUAUACACAAAAAAGUCUUUUUUUUUGUUCCAUUAGUUAUAGUUUGCUUUACAGCUCAAUUAGUCGUCGUCUUCUUCCUCUGUCCUAUUCUUGUUCAUCCUCCUCCUCGUGGAUCCAUUUUUCUGAGGAGAGGCUGUUCUUUCAAAUGAUUUGUAGUAACUCUAUUAUGCUUGGACAGUGCCAUGAUGGGCAUCUGUGAGAUGAAAAGCUGCUGGUCAUGGCUUCUUUUGAUCUCAUUGCUUUGUGCACUAUCAAAUGAAAUCCAAGCGAUUAGCUCUGAUGGCGAGGCGCUUCUGAGCUUCAGAAAUGCAGUUAGUAGAUCAGAUAGUUUCAUCCAUCAGUGGAGACCAGAGGAUCCGGAUCCAUGUAAAUGGAAUGGAGUGACAUGUGAUGCAAAAACGAAAAGAGUUAUAACCUUGAAUCUUACUUAUCACAAAAUAAACGGACUUUUACCUCCUGAGCUUGGAAAUCUGGACCAUUUGAGGCUUUUAAUGCUUCACAACAAUGGUUUGUAUGGACCAAUACCUACAACAUUGAGAAAUUGCACGGCGUUGGAGGGAAUUUACUUGCAGAGUAACUACUUAAGUGGACCAAUCCCAGCUGAAAUGGGAGACCUGCCUAGCCUUCAAAAGCUGGAUGUGUCAAGCAACUCUCUCAGUGGAUCUAUCCCUGCUUCACUUGCGCAGCUGAAAAAGCUUAGUGACUUCAAUGUCUCAAACAACUUCCUGGUGGGGGAAAUACCUUCAGACGGUGUGCUCUCCGGAUUUUCUAAGAACUCCUUCAUUGGAAAUCGUAAGUUGUGUGGAAAGCAAAUUGCUGUCGUGUGCGAAGAUGAUAGUGGAAACCCUUCUUCAAAUUCCCAAUCAGCAGGUCAAAAUCAAAAGAAAAAUUCUGGUAAGCUGCUUAUUAGUGCAUCAGCAACCGUAGGUGCGCUGCUUCUAGUGGCACUCAUGUGUUUUUGGGGAUGCUUUCUAUAUAAAAAGUUCGGUAAAGCCGAGAGUAAAAGCCUUGCAGUGGAUGUUGGUGGAGGUGCAUCUAUUGUGAUGUUCCACGGAGAUUUGCCUUACUCUUCCAAAGACAUCAUUAAGAAACUGGAAAUGUUGAAUGAAGAGCACAUAAUCGGGUGUGGAGGCUUCGGAACAGUGUAUAAGCUGGCCAUGGAUGAUGGCAAUGUUUUUGCUUUGAAAAGAAUUGUAAAGUUAAACGAAGGGUUUGAUCGUUUUUUUGAGAGGGAGCUUGAGAUUCUUGGGAGCAUCAAACACCGAUACCUCGUGAAUCUACGUGGAUAUUGCAAUUCUCCAACAUCAAAGCUACUGUUAUAUGAUUACUUGCCCGGUGGUAGCCUUGAUGAAGCACUUCAUGUAGAGAGAGGCGAGCAAUUGGACUGGGAUUCGCGUGUAAAUAUCAUCAUAGGAGCUGCGAAAGGGUUAUCAUAUUUGCAUCAUGAUUGUUCUCCUAGGAUUAUCCACCGUGAUAUAAAGUCGAGCAACAUUUUGCUUGAUGGCAAUCUUGAGGCUCGUGUAUCGGAUUUUGGUCUUGCCAAGUUGUUGGAAGACGAAGAAUCUCAUAUUACAACCAUUGUUGCUGGCACAUUUGGGUACUUAGCUCCAGAAUAUAUGCAAAGUGGUAGAGCAACUGAGAAAACCGAUGUAUACAGCUUCGGGGUUUUGGUUCUUGAAAUCAUGAGUGGGAAACGACCAACUGAUGCUUCCUUCAUCGAGAAAGGCCUUAACGUUGUUGGUUGGCUAAAGUUCUUGAUCAGCGAAAAUCGGCCAAGGGAGAUUGUUGAGCCGAACUGUGAAGGAAUGCAGAUAGAGAGCCUUGAUGCUCUUCUAUCAAUAGCAACACAGUGCGUGUCUUCGAUUCCAGAAGAGCGUCCCACGAUGCAUCGGGUUGUCCAGUUACUUGAGUCAGAGGUCAUGACUCCUUGUCCCAGCGACUUUUAUGAUUCCAGCUCUGAUUGAUUGCAUGAACCCACCAGCUGAAAAACCCGAGAACAAGUCAACAGAAUCUGGUGGUUUCAGGGGAAAAUCUUCAAAUGCCUUGUGUCUACUCAAUGUCCGGCUUUGCUCCCCAAGAAAACGUGCAAAUGCCAGUGAAGAGCCAUCAUUAGUCUUUGUGUUGUGUUGCCAUUUAAUUUUCCUCCCAGUUUUACAAGAUUCGAGCCAUUCAUUUUCAUCCCCUUUUCUCUUCUUUUUUUUUUGUUUCUCCUGAUUUUUGGUAAAAAAAACUUUUAUUUGAACAUGAAAUUGAAAUGUAUAGUUGUGACCUUGUAGAAAAACUGGUCUCUGCCUCUGAAUUGUUCUUUUGAAAUAAUCCAUGUUUCUUCAUCGUCU